GUGUUGACAUAGUAUUAAAAAUAAAUUCUAACCUACAAAUUGCAUCGCUAACCAACCGCUAAGGAUGUGCAAUUAUCAAUAAAAGCUGUAUUAAAUGACAGAAGUUCCUGGAAAAUAUCUUUUUACUUUCUUGACGAACCUGAAUUCUACAUACUUUAUGUUGUACUGCGGCUUUUUACGGUGAUAAGUGAUCGCACAAAUUUCGCGUGUUAUCAAGACUUUUAGUCCCUUUAAUAUUACUUUAAGUACAUUUUAAAUCUACAAGAUGUCUCUCCUGGUGGCAACGGACAAAUACAUAGCACUAGCUAAAGAUCUUCACAUAGAUUAUUACGAUUAUACAGAUCAUAAAAUAGUUGAUAUUCCUUUACUACCUAAGCAGCCUGAAAAAGAUUAUAUAUCAGAUAUAGCUGUUUCAAAUGACGCUAAACAUUUAGCAUUAGUAACAGCAUCUUCUAAGCAACUUAUGAUAUAUGAUUUAUGUAAAAUGGAACAUCAAACAACAUUUAUUAUACCAAGAAGUGCCAGUAGAAUAAGAUUUACAGUGGACAAUACAAAGCUGUUAGUAGCAGACAAGAGUGGCGAUGUGCUCAUUUAUGAUAUAAUGAAGAAAGACUCAGGAACUAAACUCCUUGGCCAUUUAAGUUUACUAUUGGAUGUUUUGCAAUCAAAUGACUCAAAAUAUAUAAUAUCAUGUGACAGAGAUGAAAAGAUUAAGGUUUCUUGUUACCCCAAAACCUACAGUAUCCAAACAUACUGCUUAGGUCACAAAGAGUAUGUCAACCACAUAGAAUUUCUGCCACACAAUGAUAAAUACUUGACCAGUUCAUCUGGUGAUGGAACUUUGAAAAUCUGGGACUACAGUGAAGGAAAGCUCUAUCAUACAAUUGACACUAAGUUUGAUGUAAAAGAUGAACAAUUAAGACAAAACUUUAUUAACAUAAUGGAUGAAGGUGGCAUUGAAGUUGCCACACUGCCAAUUGUACAUUAUACCACAACAAAAAAUAAUAAUUCUAGCAGUUUAUUAGCUAUCACUGUACAUUCUUACAAUGCUGUAAUUAUCUACAGUGUAACAAUUGAAGAUAAUUCAUUUAGUCAUAAACUAGAAAAGAGGUUGGAGCUUCCAAGAUUUCCAGCUGCCAUCAAUCUAUUUAACAAAACCUUAUUUGUUUAUGACAAUGUUGAAUGUAAUAUCAAUGUUUUUAAAAUAGUUGCCGAAGGUGGAAACUUUUCACUUGAAGAGCCUUCUAAGAUAGCAAUGUUCAAAAAUAAAAAUAUACAAUCAGAUAGUGAACAGGUACAAUUGGAAUCAAUCAAGGUUCUAUACAAACGAAAAUUUGAUAAUGUUCAGGAAUAUCAAGAAAGGAAAAAGCUAAGAUUACAGAAGUCUACAAAAUAAUUUGCUUAAAUACAGUUUUUUUAUGAA